AUGCUUUUCUCUUUUCUUAUUUAUUCAGAGGUUAAAGCUCCCAAGGACAAAAUUAAACCGGCCCUUUUGAAGAAAGAGCCUGAUGUUUCUAAGGAGAAAGAAAAACCACCAACUGCAAAGAAAGAAAAGCCAACAACCGCUACUAAAAAAGAGCCUGCAGUUGCAAAAGAGAAAGUCAAACCAGUGCCUUCAAAGAAAGAUACUGAAGCUACUAAGGAGAGAGUGAAACCAGCCCCACUUAAGAAAGAGCCUGAGGUUUCCAAAGAAAAAUCCAAGCCAGAACCUUUAAAGAAAGAGGCUGAAGCUGUUGAAGAGAAGGCAAAACCAGCACCAGCUAAAAAAGAGCCUGAAAUUAUUAAAGAGAAGGAGAAAACUCCAAAGAAAGAAGCUGUAAAAGAAAAGCCCAAACCUGCUUCUGUAAAGAAAGAACCUGAAGUUCCAAAAGAGAAAGCAAAACUUGAACCUUCCAAAAAAGAGGCAGAAGUUGGCAAAGACAAGCAUAAACCUGUCGCUGUGAAGAAAAAACCUGCUGUUGCAGUUGAAAAGGCAAAACCAAAACCUGUACCAAAGAAAGAACCUGAAGUUACCAAAGAGAAAGCUAAACCAGAACCUGCAAAGAAAGAACCUGAGAUAACCAAAGAAAAACCGAGGGCACCAAAGAAAGAGGCUAAAGUCAUCAAGGAGGAAGCUAAACCAGCUCCUGCAAAGAAAGAGGCUGAAGUCAUCAAAGAUGUUAAACCAGCCCCUAAGAAGAGAGAGGCUGAAGUAAUCAAGGAGAAAGUGAAACCGGCUCCUGUAAAGAAAGAGCCUGAAGUUGCUAAAGAAAAGGCACCUGUACUGAAACCCAAAAAAGAGCCUGAAUUUAUCAAAGAGAAACCAGCACCUCCAAAGAAAGAGGCUGAAGUCAUCAAAGAGAAAGUCAAACCAGCCCCUGAGAAGAAAGAGGCUGAAGUCAAGGAGAAAUCUAAACCAGCCCCCGAGAAGAAAGUGGCUGCAGUCAUUAAGGAGAAAGUAGCUCCUGUAAAGAAAGAGCCUGAAGUUGCAAAAGAAAAGGCACCUGAACCAAAACCAGAAUCCACCAAGAAAGUUGAGGUUCCAAAGGAAAAAGAAAAACCAGUCCCUGAAAAGAAAGCAGCACCUGAAAUAACCAAAGAAAAACCCAAGUCUGUACCAAAGAAGGAGGCUGAAGUCAUCAAAGAGAAAGUUAAACCAGCUCCUGAGAAGAAAGAGGCUGAAGUCAUCAAGGUGAAAGUCAAACCAGCUCCUGUAAAGAAAGAAGUCAUCAAAGCGAAAAUGAAACCAGCCCCUGAGAAGAAAGAGGCUGAAGUCAUCAAAGAGAAACCUAAACCAUCUCCUGAGAAGAAAGAGGCUGAAGUCAUCAAGGAGAAAGUUAAACUGGCUCCUGUAAAGAAAGAAGCUGAAGUCAUCAAGGAGAAACCUAAACCAGCUCAUGAGAAGAAAGGAGCUGAAGUCAUCAAAAAGAAUGUUAAACUGGCUCCUGUAAAGAAAGCACCUGAAAUAAUCAAAGAAAAGACAAAGCCAGCACCAAAGAAAGAGGCUGAAGUCAUCAAAGAGAAAGCUAAACCAACUCCUGAAAAGAAAGAGCAUGAAGUUCAUAAAGAAAAGGCACCUGAACCAAUGCCAGAACCUACAAAGAAAGUUGAAGUUCCAAAGGAAAAGGCAAAACCAGUCCUUGAAGAAAAGGAACCCAAAAUUACUAAAGAAAAGCCAAAGCCAGCACCAAAGAAAGAAGCUGUAGUCAUCAAAGGAGAAGCUAAACCAGCCCCCGUGAAGGAAGAGGCUGAAAUUGUCAAAGAGAAAGCUAAACCAGACUCUGUGAAGAAAGAGGCUGAAAUCAUCAAGGAGAAAGCUAAACCAGCUCCUGAGAAGAAAGUGGCUGAAGUCACCAAGGAGAAAGUUAAGCGAGCUCCUGUGAAGAAAGAGCCUGAAGUCGCUAAAGAAAAGUUAUUAGAACCAGCGCCAAAAAAAGAUGAUGUUGGUCUUGGUUUUAUUGGUUUGGACUUGGAGCUCCUGAACUCUAUCAACCAAAAACUGUCUCUUCUGGAUUUACUGAGGAAGGACAUUGGUGAAAUGAAGAGUGAUCUGGAGUCCACUCAAAAUCAAAUUACACUUUUACGAAUGGACAACAGAACAAUCAAAGAGCCGAAGACUGUCGGUGUAAAGGUAAAACCAGCAGUCUCCAAGGAAAAGGUCAAAACAGCAAAAAAAGACCAUGAUGCUCUGGUGAACGUUACUAAGAUGACAGCACAUAUUAAAGCAGAACGUGAUGCACUGAAAAACAUCAGUAAACCAGCACCUGCAAAGAAAGAUAAAGAGGCUCCAAAAGCUAAGAUCAGACCAGAGCCCAAAAAGAAAGAAAUCACCCAUGAGGAGGUCAAACAAGUAAAGGAACCUUUACAGAAAGAACCUGAGCAGGUCAAACAAAAAGUAGUCGAGCCAACUGAGAAGGAAGCUGUUGUGGGCAAGGAAGUAAAAGGAGAAGAACCUGAUGUCUCCAAAGAUAUUCCACAGAUAGAGGAGGUUCCCAUGGCAGGCAAGGAGGAGUGUCAGGGUUUCCCAGAGCCUCUUUGCCUCUUUUCUUUUCAUUGGGGAACAACGGGGAGAGUUUCUUUCAUGACACUUGGCAAGAGCAUAAUCUGGCAGUGA